AUGGGCAAUUUUGCCGUGUUGUCGUAUGUCGCCGGUACCGGCAAAGAGCGGAAUGGCGCUGCUGGCGCAAUGUCUGGCAAGGAACCGAGCGAACCGAUUGACUCUGCGGUUUCUUGGAAUGACCACUCGCGACAAGACGAAAUGGGAAAAGAGACGUGUCAACAACCAUCACAAUCAGCCUCGGCAGCGGGCUCUUCAUCGUCAUCGCGACGGCCCAAAAGAGAGGCAAGUGAAUUUGUUUGCGUCAAGGUGUCUGCAAGCAUGCUUGCCGGAGACGAAUCUGUAUCCGGCCGCAAGACUACCGGCCAGAUUGUGCUGUUCCACAAAACUAGGCCCGGCACCAAUGCACUGCUGACGCCCUAA